UGGCUCCGUCGCCUCCCUCCCCCAAUUGACAACUCCAGGUCUCGACAUUCUUAUACAACUCGCUGCUCGCCGGCCAUUCCUUCUGACCAACCAUUCAGGCCACGAUAGGUGUGUAUAAUAUAUUAAUACGUAUGUGUAAAGUCUAGAGAGGGAGAGAGAGAACAUAUUCUCUCUAUAUAAUUAUAUAUAUUUUUCAUCUAUAUGUAUGUCGUCUUUGUAUGCUUCUCUGUCAAGGACAGAUAGAGAGGUAGGCUGUGAUGUGCUUGAGCUCACAAUUUGUACUAUCCUAUUUUUAGCCCAGCUCAAAAUAAAAAAUUAUUAAUAGUAUUAACUCACUCCAAAAUUAAUCCAUUCAAUCAAACCCAAGUCAACUCAGCCACCAUUCUAAGAUAAAGGCCCAAGCCAAAUAAAGCCCAGGGCCGGCCUGACCCUAGGCCACAAAGGCAGUCGCCAGGAAUUUUUUACUCGUAUUGUUUAGGGCAAAUCAUUUCAGCCUCCCCAAUCGCCUCCAUCUCUAUUCUCGUUCUCAACUCUGAUCUCUGCAACUGCAAACUACAAAAUCUACAAGAAUUAGGAGUUCAAAACCCAUAUAUUUCAGUUUAUCUAUCUCUCUGCUUCUGCAAGAAUCAAAAGUUCAAAACCUAUUAUCGGCAUAUCUUUCAGUUUCCAUCGCCCGCUGUUCCAGUUCGGGUUCGCCGUUCGCAAGCUUCAGCCGCUGGCCCGCUGUCUCCCAACUCUCAAGCUUGCCCCCCCUCUCUCUCUGCAACUGCUAACUUGUAUGUAUGGGUUUUCUCUCUCUGCAACUGCUAACUUGGUUUUUUCGAGCCGAAACUGCGAAUAAAUCAUUACAAUUUGGGAUCUGAAUUCAAUUCAAGUCUAUUUACUUUCACUUCUACAAGCUUCGAAUUGAAUCUCUGCUCCUGUUCUUCUUAUGGCCGACUCAAACGAGUCUCAACAAUCUGAACAAGUCUGCAAUUUCUUUCGAAAACCAUCAAAGAACAAGAAUAUCAGAAAGCGAACACUUGAUGAUGAAAACGAAGAAGAGGAUUCAAAAACUGAGACGCUGUUUGUCAAUAAGAAAAAGCCCCCAAAACCUGACAAUAAGCUACACUUCUCUACCAGACCCUCCAAGCGCACAGUUUCAUCUGAAUCAGACAUAGACUCCAAUGCCUCAAUGUUUCAAUUCGAGUCCUCGAAGGAAAUUCGAGUUCAAGAUGAUAGUAGGGCAACAGCAACCCUUGAAACUGAAACUGAUUUUUCGAGAGAUGCUCGAGCAAUCCGUGAGAGGGUUCUCAAGAAAGCAGAGGAUGCUUUGAAGGGGAAGGAAAAAAGCUCUGGCGAUGAAAAGUUGUACAAAGGAAUUCAUGGGUAUACUGACUACAAGGCUGGGUUCCGAAGAGAGCAAACAGUUGCGGCAGAGAAAGCCGGUGGGGCGCAUGGGCCUCUUAGGGCUUCUGCUCACAUAAGAGUGUCAGCAAGGUUUGAUUAUCAGCCUGACAUUUGUAAGGAUUACAAAGAGACUGGUUAUUGUGGGUAUGGAGAUUCUUGUAAGUUUAUGCAUGACCGGGGCGAUUAUAAGUCGGGGUGGCAGAUGGAGAAGGAGUGGGAGGAAGCUGAGAAGGCAAGGAAAAGGAAUUUGGCUAUGGGUAUGGAUGACAGGGAUGAAGGAGCAGCAGACCAGAGUGAUGAAGAUGAUGAUGGUUCAUUGCCCUUUGCAUGUUUUAUUUGUAGGCAGCCUUUUCAAGAUCCUGUUGUAACCAAGUGCAGGCACUACUUCUGUGAGCAUUGUGCAUUAAAGCAUCAUUCGAAGAAUAAAAAGUGCUUUGUUUGCAACCAGCCUACCCUUGGCAUAUUCAACACUGCUCAUGAGAUACGAAAGAAGAUGGCUGCUGAGGGAAAAUAGUAAUGUUUGGCCAUUCUGUUUGGUCGGUGCCAUGCUUUGUAAUUGCAUAUACUCGUGAAAUAUCUUCUUGACGUUGUAAGUUUACCUUUUAUCGAAUUAUUGUUGAUCCAUUAGUCUCACGAUCUACAUGAAUUGUAUGAAUCAUACAUUGUGCCAAAGUGGUUUAAUUUUUACGGCCAUGAGCAUUACAUCAAUCUAUGUAUUAUAUGUCCUCCCACCUAUGCAAGGUACUGGGAGGGGAAAUCAUUAUUUUUGUGCAAA